CAUUGAUGAAUGUAAUGGAGAUGGAGAGGGAGGUUGAAGACGACGAUGAUGCUCUCAUGGCGAGAGCCGAGAUCGAUACAAGCGCUCCUUUUCGGUCCGUGAAGGAAGCCGUUUUGUUGUUUGGGGAGAAGGUCUUGGCUGGGGAGAUUGCUAAUAAGCUCAACGAGAUGAGGGUGACAGGAAACAGGAAUGAGCAGAGCGGCUCUCGCUUUGCCUCCCUUGCAGCAGAACUAGAAGAAACAAAACAAAACCUUGAGAAAGCAGAAGAAGAAAGAUUAGAAAUGGCAAACUACCUCACCUCUCUGAUACAAGAGCUAGAGGAAACAAAGACAGAGCUCAAACAACUGAAAGCUAGAGAUUUGGAGAAGCCAAGCAUAGAUCCAGAGAUUGAAGACAUCAAAUUUGUAGAAAAUACAACAGAAAUUGAGAUCGAAGGACCAGUAGUCAAGGAAGAUAUUGGAACUCAAAGAAAGAAGUAUGUCAAAUUCGCCAACCCACCAUCUCUGGCAAGAGUCAUGAGCACCGAGGAGCAAGUUUUGGAUAGAAAAUUCUCGAUUGGAAGGGAAACAUUACAGAUGAGAAACAAACAGAAGAAGAAGAAGAAGAAGCCACUUCUGCCUUUAAUCGUAUCGGUGUUUUUGAAGAAGAAGAAGAGCCAGCAAGGUGAAGCACCAGUUCGAGCUCAUGGGAUGCAGACAGCUAUGAGGGUGACAGGAAACAGGAAUGAGCAGAGCGGCUCUCGCUUUGCCUCCCUUGCAGCAGAACUAGAAGAAACAAAACAAAACCUUGAGAAAGCAGAAGAAGAAAGAUUAGAAAUGGCAAACUACCUCACCUCUCUGAUACAAGAGCUAGAGGAAACAAAGACAGAGCUCAAACAACUGAAAGCUAGAGAUUUGGAGAAGCCAAGCAUAGAUCCAGAGAUUGAAGACAUCAAAUUUGUAGAAAAUACAACAGAAAUUGAGAUCGAAGGACCAGUAGUCAAGGAAGAUAUUGGAACUCAAAGAAAGAAGUAUGUCAAAUUCGCCAACCCACCAUCUCUGGCAAGAGUCAUGAGCACCGAGGAGCAAGUUUUGGAUAGAAAAUUCUCGAAUGGAAGGGAAACAUUACAGAUGAGAAAGAAACAGAAGAAGAAGAAGAAGAAGCCACUUCUGCCUUUAAUCGUAUCGGUGUUUUUGAAGAAGAAGAAGAGCCAGCAAGGUGAAGCACCAGUUCGAGCUCAUGGGAUGCAGAGAGUUGUAUGA